GGGACGAGCUCCUUGCAACAAGAGAAAUAGGAGACUACUGGACUGAGAAACCGCCUAAGAGGAAUAUUCAUGUCAUAGUCGAACCGCCAGAGUCCACAACCACUUCGAGCCGAGAGCAGGAAUUACUCGACCAAGUCGCUUCGUUGCAGACAUUACUCAACAAGUCCACACAUGACUUCGACGUCGUUGUUCACCCGAAACGGAAGCCAAAUAAGUGGACUAUGUAUCAUCCACCAGCACUUGAAAAUGAUGGAGCGGAACUCAACUUAAUGAAUGAUGGAGAGAAAUAUUUUCCUCAUAAUGAUCAAGACCUUCGUGAGAUGCUCUGCAUAUUCAUAUCAAAGAACAAUCUCAAGUUUACCGUAUUCAUAGAAACACCCUCAAAAGCUUUCUCGGAUUGGACUUUCCCAAAAGUGUGCCAGCUUUAUGAACUCUGUGAAUCAGAGGAUCCUUCAUUAUCUGUCUUUCCGCCUUUCACUUGCGGGAUCAAAGAUCUGGAAAAUGAUUCUUCCCAGGCGAUACUUAAACAUCUUAUAGCCAAACUAAAUGCCCGUCUCAAAUCCAUUCCAAUCAGCGGAAAUAAAGCAUCAAAAUCACAAUACGUAUGUUCUUACCUUGUUGCCGGAGCGAAUCUAUACGAAGGGAAGUUCGAGCUUCGACUAGAAAAAAAUAUCACAGGGCCUAAUGGGCACGGACCAGUUGAUUUCGCAAUAGAUUUACUCCAAACAGCAAAAACUGUUGGCGUGACAGAAGUAAAGGACGAAGAUAUUUUUAAGGGUAUUUCCCAGAAUGCUGUACAACUUGAAUCUGCUUUAUCGAACCGUAAACGUAAGGCAAGCGAGAUGGAGGAAGAAAGUGUGUUUACAGAGUGUUCUCUCGAUAAUCAGGACAGGCUAAGAUUCAAACUAUCGAAGCCGGUAACUGUUGUAUAUGAUAGUAAGAAUAUGGGUAAUAACGUUGAAAGAAUCCUCGGGCAAAUUGCAUGGUUGUUGGAGGAGGUGCAGAAGCCGGAUUCUGAUUCUCGAAGUGAAGAAAGGGUAAUAAAAAAGCAUAGGUCAUCGAGCAACCUUACAGAUAGUGUAGUUAAGUCUUAG